CCAUCAUCUAAAUCACGACACCAGUUUUGGGGAAAUUAGUUUCAAUUAUGGGAACACAAUCUAAAGGAAAAGACCUGCACAGUGGAAAACGCAAUACUUGAUGGUAUUAUGAGAAAUUAGAUGGACAGUGUCGGACUUGAAGCUCUCGAAGUUCCCUAUAGGUGAUUCUUCGUGAAUGAUACAUGAUUAAUCAGCACUGCGUCUAAAUAUGAAGAGUGACGGACUUCAUCAUGACAGAAAACCAUCUAAAGCUACGUACAUGGUUGGCUCUUUUCGAAGACGUCAAUCAGCCGUUGAUGUCCUUCAUAGUAUGAGUACGCCACCUAAGACGCCAACACGCCGUUCCCUCAGCUUAUGUGGCGAAGACAACGUAAAACUAAAGGCACAAACGACGAACGCAAAGAACGAUAGCGAGUUCAUUCAGACAAAGAAACACAUUGGGCCGCUCUUCCCAAAAGAGAGAACGAUUGGUGGUAUAUCAUUGACAAAUAUCAAAUUCAUUUGCAUAGUGUUAUCCGUGUUGUUGGCGUGUCUGUUGGUCCAGAAAAUGCCCGUCAGUAAAGACCAUACAACUGAGAGUAACAAUGCAACUGGGGCAAACAUGAAACAUAUCCCCGGGGAUUGGAGACCUGCUGAUACUGCGACGCUCAAGAAAUAUGGCUCAAAUAAGUGUAACAUUGAUAGGGUAAACGCCGAUGACCUAACUGAGGAGAAAUUUGAAUUGAUUUAUAGAUUAAAGAAACCUGUGAUUGUUUAUUUCGAUAAUGGCGCCGCUGCUUGGACGGACCCUUCAUUAUGGACGCUAUCCUCUCUGAGAGCAUCCUACGGUGACCUUGUUGUAGGAUCGGGAAGGGCGGAUGACAUCGUUAAGAACGGAGGGAACGGAGACAUUAAAACCACGCUCAAUAAGUUCAUAGAAUUGUUCAUGGACGAUAAAUCGAAUAAUGUUGCUGAACCAUUCUAUUUGUUCGACAGGAACUUCUACAAAUCAACAGAGCUCCAACAUUCCAUCAAGCCACCUCCGUAUUUCAAGUCACAGACCACCUCAAAGGAAGAUGCCAUCGUUUUUCUAGGGAGCUCAUUAAGUGGUGUUACAUUCCACCAACAUGCAGACACGUGGAACGGUGUCAUAUUUGGUCACAAAAGAUGGUUCCUGUACCCACCCGACCAAACGCCACCUGGUGGCGUAUUAGCAGGGUUCGUACCCACAGAUUGGUAUACUAUGGUUUACCCCUCACUUCACCCUGAAGAUAAACCAAUGGAGUGUAUGCAGAAUCCCGGAGAAAUUUUGUACUUGCCUGAAUAUACGUAUCAUUCAACCAUCAACCUGGGUGAUACUGUGGCUGUGGGGAUCCAGAAACUUCUUCCAGUCACACAAUAUGGACGCACACAUCACAGUAUGAUGCGCCCGGGUGUCUUUAAGAUACUUAAAGAUGAAUAUGGCACCACAACUUCAGAUCCUCCGACCUCUAUAGCUCUGAUUACAUUCCUGAAACUAGUGGCUGAAAAACCAGAUAAUACAGAGCUCAAGUAUAAACUGGCUGGAGCUUACGCUAAGGUUGGAAGAAUGGAAGAGGCAAGAGAAACCUACAACAAAGUCCUGGAAAUGGACCCAUACUUUAUCCAUGCUUACUUAGACUUUGCUACCAUGUUGUACAAGAUGAAGGAAUUUAAGGAGGCAGAGAAGAAUCUCUUGGCUGCCUUGAAGUUCAAUCCCAAAAGUAUGGAGGCCCUUCACAAUUACGGAUUGUUACUGACAAAUCUAGGUCGAUUCAAAGAAGCUACCGGCACCUUCAAAAAGAUGGUAGCCUUGAGACCUUGGAAGAAAGGACCGAGGGAGUUAUUGGCGUAUGCCCAAGGCAGGGCUGGCGACGUUAAAGGACAACAGGCCACAAAAAACACAAUAGAACAACUUGAACGAUCCGGGAAGAUAUACACACAAUAACUGAAUGUUAUGUAAUGGUUAAACCCGGAGAAAACUCAGCAUUUGCUUUGAACAAAAGGCUGCAAGUUGCAGAAUAUCUCAUCCAGUUUCCUGCAUUUGGAGGAUGUUUUAGCUGAUUGUUGAAGUGAAUCAAUAGAUUAUUUCCUAUAUCGACGGAAAAUUGGAUGGAAGUGCGUGGUGUGGUCGAAAUUGUAGGUACAGAGUAGAUUGAGAAAGUCACUUAAUUUCUUUAUCCAUCAAGUAUGUCACUGUUUGCAUUAUACACAAUGACAGUUAUGCAAAUCAUUAUAACUUCGCUCUUGUUGGAGGGAUUUAUGAAUGGAAACCAGAUAGAGGAAUAUACUAUUAUGAAGCAACGGAUUAUCUUAUAUGAGGUUCACAUUUCGUAGGGAUGAUAUACAAAAUGUCAAUGGUUGAGGGAGGGAGAAAAUGAAUAUUUUGUAAAGUGCAAAAUAUUAUUUUCAGCAUGACAUUGGCCAGCUCCCAAAGUCAAGUGUAAUAUCAUUUCGAGUGACUUCACAUAACCAUCGGACUUGUGAAGCAGAUGGGAUCAGUCCAAGAAAUGACUACUAGUAGUGAAGAAUGACCGGUGAGAAUGGAGGUUGAGACAUUGCCGUAUUAACAAACAAAUAACUUGUGAAACUAGAUAUGGCUGUAAAGUAUGGAAUAAAACACAUGUUCACCUGUAUAAAUAAAGUGUAAAAUGGCG